UAAAAAUCAAAAAAAGUAUCGGAGUGAGUUCAAUGUAAGUUUGACCGCCUACCUACAUCAAAUGUUAUAGUUUUAAGGAGUUAUAUUUUGUAGUGAUACAUUUUAAUAUUAUUAUACCUACUUGCCACGAUGGCUAGACUUUUAAUGUUAUCGUCUGUGAUUUUACUAAGUGCUUACCUAACGGAACAGGUGCAUUUUCUUCAACCAGAGUACAUCAAUAAACUAAAUGAAGAAAUUUCGACAUGGAAGGCAGGAGAAAAUUUUCCUCCCGAUACUCCUAUCGAAUAUUUAAAAGGGUUAUUGGGAUCUCGCAGUGUAAAAGCUGCAGCCAAAGGUCCAUUCAAGACCCAAGAUUCCAACUACAAUUCCUUACAGUACAUUCCCGAAACUUUCGACGCCAGAAAACAAUGGAAGCGUUGUAAAACCAUCGGCGUGAUUCGCGACCAAGGAAAUUGUGGUUCAUGUUGGGCUUUUGGAACUACUGGUGCGUUUUCCGAUCGGCUAUGCAUUGCCACAGACGGUGAAUUCAACGAACUGUUGUCAGCCGAAGAACUGACGUUCUGCUGUCAUUCGUGUGGCGAUGGGUGUGGAGGGGGAGAUCCCAUUGCGGCGUGGGACUACUUCAGUACGAACGGUAUCGUCACCGGCGGUGGCUAUGACAGCAAACAGGGAUGUCAGCCGUACUUUGUCCCACCUUGUCUACACGGUGUUUCGGCAGAACAAGAAGGUGCUUGUCGGAGUCAACCGAUGGAGAAGAACCACAGGUGCACUAAAAAGUGUUACGGAAACACAACAAUCGAUUACAAAGAAGACCACAGAUACACCAGCGACCUCGGGUACUAUCUUGAUCAAGACAGCAUUCAAGAAGAUGUUUUAAUUUACGGUCCGGUAGAAGCGUCUUUUGAAGUCUACGACGAUUUCGUCAAUUACAAAUCGGGUGUCUAUAUAAAAUCGGAAAAUGCUACGUACUUGGGUGGUCAUGCCGUGAAAUUGAUUGGAUGGGGCGUGGAGAAAGAAACUCCAUACUGGCUGAUGGUGAACUCGUGGAAUGAAAACUGGGGAGAUCGGGGAACGUUCAAGAUCCGAAGAGGAACAAACGAAUGUCAAAUCGACUCCUGGAUGACAGCCGGUGUUCCCGUUACCGACUAAAAAAUGACCGAUGUGCAUAUAAUAUUAUUUAUAUUGUAUGAUAAAUAAAUUAAUGAAUACAUAAUCAUAUGUAAAAUGAUUUCGAUAAUAAAAGACAACAUUUAAAUUAAAUAGUAAAUACAAUUGAAAUGAA